CCAACAGUAGAAAAUAACAUUACUAUCCGUUGGAAAUGUUGGCAACACUGAUUCCCUGAUUGCUGACACAAAAUUGCCAACCGUGAAAAAUAAAAUUGUUUAGUUGCAGAACGUCAAUACAAAUGCAAUUUUUCCUCUUUUCUCUUUAAUGUGUUGUUUCAAACGAAAAAACCUUGUAGAAUGAGUGAAAAUGAGGAGCCAAUUCUGUACGUCCUCGUUGUCGGCUUCCACCACAAAAAGGGCUGCCAGGUGGAAUAUUCGUAUCCAGAGCUUUAUCCCGGUCAUCCAAACGAGUGUCCACCCGGUUGGAAGUACCUACCGACAUUAGCAUUGCCAGAUGGAUCUCAUAAUUAUGAUACGGACACGGUAUUCUUCCACUUGCCCAGUCUUGCAAGCCCUAAACAGACUGUAUAUGGAAUAUCUUGCUUUCGACAAAUCCCUGUGGAGAAAAUAAAAAACAAGACAUCAGAUAUAACCAGAGGCACUGUGCAAAAGUCAGUAUGUGUGUUAAGCAGAGUGCCUCUGUAUGGACAGAUACAAGUCAAAAUGCAUCUUAUUACCCAUGCGUAUUUUGAAAAAGGGGAUUUUAGCAAGGUUUCAAUUUUGGAGGAAACCUUUCACCAUUUAAAUGCUGUGAUGAAACAAUAUGAUAUGAGACAACAUAGUUUUGUUGGUUUAUCAGCUAAAGAAUUUAUAUUGCAAUGGAAAAACAAGGCAUUACAGCUUUUCAAGCUGUUGUUACUUGAAAAGAGGGUUAUGUUUUUUAAGUCACCUGUACAUCCCUUAUGUUCUACAAUUUUAACGUUGUCUAGACCAAUGUCCCCAAUGCCAGAGUACUCAGACGAAGAAUUGAGUCCUGUGUUAAUAACAAAGUAUUUUCUAAUGGCACAGAUAAAAUCACUACAAAAGAUGACAAAAACGUCGCUAACGAGGCGCAAAAAAAAUGGAAUGGUGGAGAGGAACUGUAGUUUGGAAGGCAAAGAAAAUGAUAGUGAAGUAGAUAAUACAGAAUAUGCUUUAGAAGUGACUGAGUCUUUGGAUAAUCACAGAAGUUGUGGAUUUCCUCUAUCAAUUUACACCAAAGGUUCCUAUGUCUACCCUAUCUAUCUUUGCCUUACAUGGAUCUGUUUGUCAGACGUGAACGUUAGGAGUUAUAUUGUUGGAACAACAAAUUUUCUUUUUAAACAAAAAAGGCAACUGUAUGAUGUUCUAGUUGAUAUUGAUAGUGGUAGAAUAGAAUGUCCUGAUAUCAACUUGAGGAAAUAUCUACAUUUGACUACCGAGGAUUUGAGGUUUGCGGAAUAUUUGGUGAAGCAUGCCUCAGAGGAGAGCCAAGAUGAUUUCUUAGACGGAGUUGGAUGGGAAGGUAGUGAAGAAUGGAUAAGGACCCAGUUUAGGGUUUACUUACUCUGCCUUCUAAGGACCUCGAUGAUUCAAGAUGGUGCCAGGGAACUGGAUCAUUUCAAUUCAUCGUUCAUAACUGCGUGGAGGGAGACCCAUAACUAUAAAAUUACAAUGCAAAAUACGGAAAGUGGCCGGAAACUGAACCAAGCAAUGGCAACAACAGGGAAAGCAGUUGCUAAUACAGGAAAAGCUGUUGGUGGCGCGAUCUCCCAAGCCAAGGGCGCGUUCUCGAGUUGGUGGAAUAACUUUAUGGUACCUCCAGACCAAAGGACUGCAGAACAAACCUCCGAACAACCAACAAAGACAGUUUAGAAACCAAGUCGAACAUCUCAGAAACUAAGUCGAACUGCUCGGAAAGCAAGUCAAGCGGCUCAGAAACUAAGUCAAACUUCUCAGAAAACAAGUCAAGCAGUUCAGAAACUAAACCAAACUGCUCAGAAAGCAGCUUAAAUGGAUCGGAAACUGAGUCGGGCGGAUCAGAAACUAAACCAAACUGCUCGGAAAACAAACUAAACGACUCAGAAGCCAAAUCAAACUGCUCAGAAACCAAAUCAAACUGCUCAGAAAGCAGGUUAAAUGGAUCAGAAAGCAAUUCGGCAGGCAUCCCAAAGAGUAUUCAUAACGAUAAGGAAAAUGAGACGUAUAGAAGAGAACCUGUGGAAAAGUGCAAUAACGGUGUGAUUUUAAGUAGCGAUGGUGAGAAGAAAGAUACAUUUGGGGAAAGUGAGGGACAUCAACCUGGGGAGGUUCACACUGUGUAAUAGUCGAAAAAGCGGAUAAACGCGGAUGCACACCAUUGUCACAUCACACGAGAUAUCACGCAAUCUCACGCAUCUAAAUCUAAAGUGAUUUUUUGCAGACGCGUGGGAGACAAUAGAGAUAUCGCGAGUUAAUGUUAUAUCUCGUGGUUUGUAUGCAAUUUGUGAGCUCACGUGAUGUGACAAUAACGUUAACCCAGCUUUAGGACGGACGAGGGAUAAAUCUGAGGAGUUUUGAUAUAUGUAUGUAAUUUAUAUUAGUUUUGCAGGAUAUAUUUAAAUUAUUAUAAUGCGAGAUCACAGAUUAAGGAUAUAUCUUUCUCAUACAAAAAAACAAAUUUUUAAAGCGAAAAACCGUUUUCAAAUGCGUCAAUUUUCUAAAAAUAUUUAAUUUCUAAUGUUUUCAUCAGCUUCGUUUGGCCUCCAUAAUCUUGAAAAAAGUAAUCAAUUUUUAAAACACAAAAAGAACUUCAUAUUUGUCAGUUUUAAAAGUAUGAAAAUCGAAAUCAUUUUUGAAAUAUUUUCGCGAAUUUUUCGCGCAUCGCGAGUGUGGUAAGUAUAAAAAUUGUAUAUACAUGUUUUUGCAAUUUCCUGUUUGCAGUGUUCUCAUUUUUUGGUCAAAAAUACAUUUUGAUUACUUUUGUCUUAUCACUUUUCAGUUUUCGAAAAAUCUUUGCUUUUCUUGGAAACUCAACUUGUUGCGAGACGAGGCUUCAAGAAAAUCAAGGAUUUUUCGAAAAAGGAAAGUGAUAAGAACGAAAGUAAUAACUCGUUUCAUUCUUCCAUAAAGGGGAAAUAUCAGCCACAAUUUCAGAGCUGUACUUAUAUUUGUUAACAAGUUCCGAUUGAAAAAGAAUGCACAAUAA